AUUCCUCCUCGCGAACUCAUCACAUCGAACGCAUCACGCACGCAGCAAUGGCGACCGCCUCGCCGCCGCUGCAGCUCGCCACCGCCUUCCGCCCUCUCGCCGCCGGCGGGGGCGGCGCCGGUGGCGGGGUCGUGCCGGGGAGGGGGCGAGGGCGGCAGCGGAGGGUCGCGGCGCGGAGCGUGGCGAGCGAUCGGGACGUGCGGGGCCCCGUCUCGCCCGAGGAAGGGCUUCCAAGUGUGCUAAAUUCCAUCGACUCGUCUGCCAUUGCAUCAAACAUCAAGCACCAUGCAGAGUUCACACCCUUGUUCUCUCCAGAGCACUUUUCUCCCCUAAAGGCUUACCAUGCAACUGCUAAAAGUGUUCGUGAUGCACUGCUAAUAAAUUGGAACACGACAUAUGAUUAUCACAACAAAAUGAACGUAAAGCAAGCAUAUUACCUGUCCAUGGAAUUUUUACAGGGAAGAGCUCUCACAAAUGCUAUUGGCAACCUAGAGCUAACCGGAAAAUAUGCAGAAGCACUAAAACAGCUUGGACAAAACCUAGAGGAUGUUGCUAGCCAGGAACCAGAUGCAGCCCUUGGCAAUGGUGGUCUAGGCCGUUUGGCUUCGUGUUUUUUGGAUUCUUUGGCAACCCUAAAUUACCCAGCAUGGGGAUAUGGACUUCGUUAUAAAUAUGGCCUCUUUAAGCAGAUCAUAACAAAGGAUGGUCAGGAGGAGGUUGCUGAGAAUUGGCUAGAGAUGGGAUAUCCUUGGGAGAUUGUAAGAAAUGAUGUCUCCUAUCCUGUGAAAUUCUAUGGUAAAGUGGUUGAAGGCACUGAUGGGAGGAAGCACUGGAUUGGAGGAGAAAAAAUCAAGGCUGUGGCGCAUGAUGUCCCUAUUCCUGGCUACAAGACUAGAACUACUAAUAAUCUUCGUCUUUGGUCAACAACAGUACCAUCAAAAGAUUUUGACUUGGGAGCUUUUAAUGAUGGAGAUUAUACCAAGGCCUAUGAAGCUCAUCUAAAUGCUGAAAAGAUAUGCCACAUAUUGUAUCCAGGGGAUGAAUCACCAGAGGGUAAAGUUCUCCGCUUGAAGCAACAGUAUACAUUAUGCUCAGCUUCACUACAGGAUAUUAUUGCUCGUUUUGAGAGUAGAGCUGGUGAUACUCUCAACUGGGACGACUUCCCCUCCAAAGUUGCAGUACAGAUGAAUGACACUCAUCCAACUCUAUGCAUUCCCGAGUUAAUGAGAAUACUGAUUGAUUUUAAGGGUUUGAGCUGGAACGAGGCAUGGAGUAUUACAGAAAGAACCGUGGCAUACACUAACCAUACAGUGCUUCCUGAAGCUCUGGAGAAGUGGAGCUUGGACAUAAUGCAGAAACUUCUACCUCGACAUGUUGAGAUCAUAGAAACAAUUGAUGAGGAGCUGAUAAACAACAUUGUCUCAAAAUAUGGAACCACAGAUACUUCAUUAUUAAAAACGAAGCUGAAAGAAAUGAGGAUUUUAGACAAUGUUGACCUUCCAGCUUCUAUUGCCAAACUAUUUGUUAAACCUAAAGAGAAAAAGGAAUCUCCUGCUAAAUCAAAGCAGAAAUUACUUGUUAAAUCUUUGGAGACUUUUGCUGAGGUUGAGGAGAAAACUGAGUUGAAAGAAGCAGAAGCAGAAGCUCUAUCUGAGACGAUGGAGGAAAAGGUUGAAUCUGAAGAAGUUGAAGCAGAAGAAGAGGAUUCUGAGGACGAGUUAGAUCCAUUUGUAAAAUCUGAUCCUAAGUUACCAAGAGUUGUUCGAAUGGCAAACCUCUGUGUUGUCGGUGGACAUUCUGUGAAUGGUGUCGCAGAAAUUCACAGUGAAAUUGUGAAACAAGAUGUGUUCAACAGCUUUUACGAGAUGUGGCCAACUAAGUUCCAGAAUAAAACAAAUGGAGUGACUCCCAGGCGUUGGAUCCGGUUUUGUAAUCCUGAAUUAAGUACGAUAAUUUCAAAGUGGAUAGGGUCUGAUGACUGGGUUCUUAACACUGGCAAACUUAUAGAACUGAAGAAGUUUGCUGAUAAUGAAGAUCUGCAGUCAGAGUGGCGUGCUGCCAAAAGGGCUAAUAAGAUGAAGGUCGUCUCCCUUAUAAGAGAGAAGACGGGAUAUAUUGUCAGUCCAGAUGCAAUGUUUGAUGUGCAGGUGAAAAGGAUACAUGAAUAUAAACGGCAGUUGCUAAAUAUCCUUGGAAUUGUCUACCGCUACAAGAAGAUGAAAGAAAUGAGUGCAAAAGAAAGAAUAAAUACCUUUGUUCCAAGGGUAUGCAUAUUUGGUGGGAAAGCAUUUGCCACAUAUAUACAGGCAAAAAGGAUCGUUAAGUUUAUUACGGAUGUUGCAGCUACUGUAAACCAUGAUCCAGACAUUGGAGAUUUGUUGAAGGUUGUAUUUGUUCCGGAUUAUAAUGUUAGUAUUGCCGAGAUGCUCAUUCCUGCCAGUGAAUUGUCCCAGCAUAUCAGUACUGCUGGAAUGGAAGCUAGUGGUACAAGCAACAUGAAGUUUGCAAUGAAUGGCUGCAUUCUUAUUGGAACUUUGGAUGGUGCGAAUGUGGAAAUCAGAGAGGAGGUUGGAGAGGAAAACUUUUUCCUUUUCGGUGCAGAGGCACAUGAAAUUGCUGGUUUGCGGAAAGAGAGAGCUCAGGGAAAGUUUGUACCUGACCCAAGAUUUGAAGAGGUUAAGGAAUUUGUCCGCAGUGGUGUUUUUGGGACUUACAACUAUGAUGAAUUGAUGGGUUCUUUGGAAGGAAAUGAAGGUUAUGGACGUGCAGAUUAUUUUCUUGUUGGCAAGGAUUUUCCCAGUUACAUUGAAUGCCAGGAAAAGGUUGAUGAAGCGUACCGAGAUCAGAAAUUAUGGACAAGGAUUUCUAUCCUCAACACAGCUGGCUCAUCCAAAUUCAGCAGCGACCGAACAAUUCAUGAGUACGCCAAGGAUAUCUGGGAUAUCAGCCCUGUCAUCCUGCCCUAGAUAGACCGACAUCAGCGGUUUUUGCCUGCAUUUCUGGCAAACCUUCAGAGUCAACGUGCAAGGUGCCACAACAUUGGCUUCAUCUCCUCGGUAGGAAGGGCUGCUCGCCUCAGUUUUGUGUAGACAAACGCAGGCAAGCUCAGGCAUGGAUAAAUGGUGGGACGAUGCAGGAUGGUUCAUCUAUUGUAACAUUGGCGAUUGGCCAGUACCCUACCUAGCUUGAAGCUGAUUUUGCUGUGUAUAUCCCCUUAAUAAUGUUGAGGCAGAAAGACCAGACCAUCAUUGGGUCAUUCCUGAUCUGGUGAUGCGUGAUUCCAUUGCCACAUGGAGCUAGCUUCCUGCUGAGGUUCCCUCUA